GUCUACAAGCGGCAGCAUUUAACUAAAGUCGCGAACUCAACUGCGAUACAAAAAAGUAUAGAAAUCUUUUCAGCCAGUCCAUUUGUGGUUUAUAUAAAAAAAUGUUUGGCACUCGACACAAUUUGUUGUUGCUGCUGUUGGCCUUGAGUGCGUUGCUGCUGGCUGCGCAGGCUGAGGAGCAGGUCAAGGAGGAUGUCAUAGAGAUUGAGAACAAGCCGCAGAAGGUGAUACGCGUGAGUCCAUUGGAGCUGCCCGUCAAGCAGGAUCGUACUGGCAGCCAGAUGAACUCUGAGCUGUUUCAAAUACAAACGCUGCGUCCCGGAGCGCAAAGGCCACUGAAGCGUCUCUACAUGGACUCGCGACGCAUGCGUGCGGGCAAGAAGUCGCCGAGUGCUACGGGUGAAGCAGCGCAGUCCGCUUUGAAAUACACGAACACGCCCGAACUAAAAGCCUUUCCCAAGCAGAAGCUGAAACACAAGCAGCACAAGCAGCUCAACCUGCUGCUGCAGCAGCCCAGUGAGCAGCCGCUGCCCAUACAGAUGACCCAAGGUCCAUACCCCAUCUACUAUGUGCUGUCCAAGACGAACGGCCGCUUCGGCAAGUUCCCCAUCAAAUCCUUUCGCACGCCCGCCGAGUUUGCCAAAUACCUCAUCAAGAGCAAAGCGGAGCCCAUACCCAGAUCCCAGCGCUACGAGCUUCAACACAGUACAGAGCCCAGCCAGCCCAGUGCCCUCAGCUAGUCUCCGCACUCCACACUCUAAACUUUAAACUUUUAAACUUUAAUCUUUAGUCGGUACUUGGUAGUUUAAGUGCUUUGUGAUUUGCACGCGCGCGCUUUUGUAUGCUUAGUUAAAUUAUUACUCACAUUUAAUUAUAAUUGCUAAUUGCUUACAUCUUAAUCAGCUUUGUGUGUAACCAACCCAAAAUCAUGCUAAACAAAUAAACAGCAACUGCUUCAAUUCAU